CGUGUGAGCUAUUUAUUAAAAGCAGUGGUGUAUAUUGGUGGGUAUCAUUUCAGCACAUGCUUUGUCACUGCGGCGAUGGUGUGGAAGUAUGAUGGUAGGCAGAACAACGGUACACCUAUCUGUCUUGACCAAUACCAACCAUCCGACUUGUGUAACAUUCAGACACUAGAUGGUCGAGUGCCAAGUCAUUUUAUCUAUGUGCUGACAGCAUCAGCUGUGUCCAUAUCCUGA